AUGCCGUCUCCGCCGCGGCCGCUCGCCUCGCUAUGCCGCGCCCGCCUCGUCCUCGUCCCGGCGCUCCUGCUGCUCCCCUCCAUGGCAAACGGCGUGGGGAACGAAUCGGCGAUGGCGCUUAGCGUCGGCGAGGAGCUUGUGGCCGAGACCAUGCCGCUGCUCCACGGCCGCCGGGUCUACAGGAUCGACGGGCUGCGCCCGUCCGCGUGGUACGAAGUCAAGAUCUCCUACCCGGCCUCCAUACCGUCGAGCUUUUCCAUUCGGCUCGUGGACGAUUGGAGCAGUAAGAACAGGAGGCUGCUCAACACGGAGAAGAUAAUUUUCAAGGCGGAGAGCAGCAACCCGGUUAAUGUUUAUGUUCUUGUCACUGUGGAGCCUGAGGGCGUGGUGGCAAAGCCAAAUGUGACAGAGAGGGAGCUUGCACUUUUUAACAUUGUUUGCGAUGAGCUUAUGCUUGGGAUUCCACAUUUUGCCUGGUGGGCUGGGAUUGCAGCGCUGCUCUGCAUCGUGCUGGCGGCGCUGUCACCACUUGUUCUCCCGCUGCAUAAGCUUCUGAACUGCGAAGACACAGAAUUGAGCAAAGCUGAUGCUGCUAAGAUAUCAUGA